AUGCUGUCGAUGAUGAUGAUGAUGAGGAGGAGGAGGAUGACGAUGAUGAUGAUGAUUAAUUUGCAUGAGACUCGUUACAUUGCGGCAGUUCAUUUCAAAUUUUUACCUUUCUUCCCCACCCAGUUUGGGUGUUUAGCAAUGGCUCAAUUAUCCCAACAUCGUUACGUAUUCCUCUGGUGUGGGAUCUUGUGCUGCGUUGCUUUCACGAGUUCAAACCUCCAGACUACAAAACGAAUGCAUGGUUUUCGUCCGCCAAAAGGUCGAAUCUACAGUGCGUAUCGAUUGGAUUCAAAAACAGGUUUCAUACGUCCCGUCGCAAAAGUCGUACCUCAUCCAGCUAAAAAAGGCAAAGAGGCUGAGAAAAUCGUCGCAUACUCAGAGAAUGAAUUUACCAUGUUCGAGGCGGUUCCACUUAGUUUGGAGCAGUUUAUCCGUUCGUAUGGACAUGGACUAGUGGACAUUUCUUGGCACAUCAAUGAGAUCUCUCCGGUCGUACACAUCCAUAUGCUGUGGAUAGAGGAAACAAACAGGCCAAUCAGUUUGCCUUGUUGGGCUCCGGCCGAACCGAAAACGAUCGGAUUUUUCGAGACUACGUCUCGAGGACAUAAAAGAACUUGGCUAAUUGGACAAGGGAACACGCUCUCUUUGAGUUUGGCGUCGGCUUUUGGCUACAAAACGGAUCCAUCAUCUGGCGCUUUGCUACUAUCACCGUUUCUCGGAAUGCAGGCAACCCACAAUGUAUUUACGUGCCUGCUGAGUAGAGAAUCCUCAAGUGAGGAAAAAGCCCGACCCCGUGUCAGCUUCACAGAAACGCAUAUGCUGUACAUACAAACGGAGGAGGAGAGAUUGCAGAGUGCGACAGACAGCCGCUUGGAAAUCGAACUGGAGCUUGCAGCCUUUGCUCCCGAAAGCCUUAGCCCAGCCUGUCAUGUCUACGGAAACGAAUGGGAUCCAGUUUGUCGUGAGGCAUCUUGGCAACAGAUACGAACGAUCGAUGUGCACUCAAACAACUCUGGUUACCGGUAUUUUCACAAUGAACACUUAAAUUACGACGGCAAAAAUGAACUUGCGGACCAGACGAGGGACAUCAUAAAAGACUUUUGUCGAAUCUAUUUGUGCAGUGCAGAAAUGUGCAAGUUCACACCAGAUGUUUACUCCAAUAAAACUGUCGUCCUCCAGGAGAAAAGAAUCUCCAUACCAGAAUUCGUUCAUUUUGCUGGUGACACUUUGAAGCUAACAGAUGGAUCUCUUCAGAAAGUGGAAACCAACUGGGAGCUGCCGACUAGCAAUGGGACGCGUAACACUUAUCAACUUCCUGGAAAUGCUGUUCUGAGGAUGGUGACGAAGAUGGCUUUUACGAACGGAUUUAUGGCUUUUACGAACGGAUUCUUGGACUGCAAUAUAGCCAGGCGCCUGUUUGAACCUGACAUUGGCGACCUGCAGGAGACGGCACACCACAUGGCACUGGACGAGGCACCAUUCAAUCCCUUGGCCAAUAUGCUUCGGCAUCAAGAACUAACAUGGGUUAGUGAAGAAGAGACUCCAGAUGCGGUGAAAUAUCGACCCACUUUCUGCUCAGAUAAAAAAGAGUCAGCCAUUGACUAUGAAACAGGAGAUGUACCGAUAUACAACGCUUCUGCAGGAUAUACGAUCAUAUUCAGUAUGCCGUAUGACAAUGCCGAGACCAUGUCCGUACAUAUUGGGGAUAUGGAAGGCGGAAGUGAAUGCGAUGUGACUGUGGGUUGUGACCAGAGCACGUGCUCGGUCACUGUGCAACAGAAUAGCGCAAGGCGACAAAUCAAAGCCAAUCAUAUGCCCCAAAAGGGACUAUACAGCACAUUUCGUCCUUUCGAUUCACCAGAAGAUCGUUUAAUCGUCGUUCUGGUUGUCGAACCUACGGAUACCAGGUGGCAGCAAGCCUUCCAACAGGUGACGAUGUAUAGAAAUGGCCUACGAGUUGCCGAGGGCGCUAUAGCUGUAUUCGAACCAUCAAAGUUUAUCGUUUGCUCCGGGUUAAUAACGACCGAUUUGACCCCAGGCUCCUGGGUGAAAAUAUUGAACUGGCCCGAAACCGAGUUGGCCGGACCCUCGCAGGCACGCGCAAAGAGGGCUUAUGAACAUUUGCUACGUCCAUGCAGAGAGUCAUUCACUGGCGUACCCUACAGUGCUUCCGGACAAAUACGACGGCUCACAUUGCAUCCGAACAAUGAAAAACACAUCCACUUUGCUCUGAGUGGAGCGUUGUGCAGUUCACCUUGUAUGCCAAGUGGGGAAGGUGGCGAACUGAUAAAUUUUGAAUGCAUAACAACUUCGGAGAGCGAACCGUGCAUGAGAUAUUACUUUGUGUCAAUAAAACGAGAGAACUACGAAGUUGCCCAGAAUGCCAGCAACUGGCAGUAUGCCGCAUUUGCCAUUCAGUUCUGUGGAGCCACCAUUGAACGGAUCUUGGAGGAUUCUCCCUACUCGAUUCUUAAUCGUGAAACACAUUCAUGCAAUAUUUCCGGAGAGGUUCGAUCGUUGAUGGAUUGGCUCCGUUGUGAGCGCGAUAAGUCGCUGGCAGAACUCCAGGACAACGUGAUCGGACCUAAUCAGUGUCGCCUCAUAUCAGCGGACAGACGUGCGCCUGUGGGCACAUCCAAGUUGAAACUUGUUCCCGUUGUCAAGAAGUGUGAACCGAAGGCAAGUGAUCCCACGUUGUUCCCGAAUUAUAUCCGGCCGCCUCGGCACAGAGUUCGGAGAUUAACCUACAACGAGCGAAGCUGUCCCAUUGGGUACCGCAAAGCAAAAUCACUUGAUAGUUACACGUGUAUUCCGUGCCCACCUGAUUCAUUCGCUGACCUUGAGACGGAACUUACUAGCUGCCAAGGUUGUCCGUUGGCUCGACCGUCUACCUAUUCCGCCGAAGCGGCAAGUUCGGCUCAGUGCUCAAACGAUCAACUUAACAAAUUACGUGGAUUAUUUUUCCGCUACGAUAUGAGCAACUUGUCCGAGGAUGAGUGGGAUCGCAGCUUCAACUUGAGCGCUCAGCUGUGGUGGAAUCAAAAUCACACCAGUAUUACAAAUUUGGACCAUUUAAAACCGGAAGAGAAGUACCUGGAGCAACAACGGCAGGCUGUGGCUCUGUUUCAGGCAAUGACGCAGUUGACGUUCUCAAAAGGUGAGGUGUUCCUCAUGCUAAUGGUAUCGGCCUCUUUGUCCGUCUUUGGGGGUGUGAACUUUCUUCUACUGUUGGCAGCCACAAGCAGACCAGCCAAGUGCCCCGGGGCAGACUUCUACGGACCCCAAGCGAGUUUGAGGGAACGUAUCGGUAUGGCUAUUUACUGUGCCCUUGCGAGGUUGGCUAUAAUGAUAGCAACCAUCUUUCAGCGGAUUAAACUGCGUGCUCUGCGUGGACUGAUGAGCGCUCGACGGAGUAUGAGAGAUUCCCGGAUGAGCACGGCCACAUCACAUUUGAGCCGAAAAUUUUCGAACCUUAUCAAAAGUCGGUAUGAAGGCUAUAAACUCCCUCCUUUGACAGAGGGUCAAAAGAAAUUGGUGCACUUGUUAACACGAACAACUAUUGAUCGAAUUGUUGAAGCAGCAGAGAGGGAUCUCACGGCCACUCGAGAAAGGAGGCGGUUUAUUUCCGAACAAUACCAACAGCGCCGUCACGACGCUGGAGAGGUUGAAGCCGAGGCCCACGAAGCGGAAUUGGCGGCAGAAGCUGCUAAACGGGAGGCGGAAAAAGCUGCCAGAGUUGUGCUUGACACAAAAGAGGGAAGAGCCAAAACCAGCGCAAUAUCCAAAGCAGAGGAAGCAAAAAAACUUGCUGAUGACCUUGCAGCUCGUGCGACUGACCUGAGGGCCUUGGCCAUCAAGCGUUUACAAGCUCUCAAAGAGUUUGCGAUGGAGCGACACCUGCUGGAAGAGGAACGCCAGGCAGCACGCUGGCUAAGUGAAAGCGAUUGGAGGGCCGUAGAACACGCAGCCGCAGAGCUGCGUGCCUACAUGAAGCUGCCACGCUUUCACACACCCGAGUACUUUUUGCUUCUUCCGGGAAUGUACGACCAGGCCGAGGCGCGUUCCACCAUCUACCCAGCCCCAGAGAGAGAUCAACAGAUAGAGAGCCGCAGCAGCACUUGACUGAUUUUACCAAACAUUUCGUUGUCUCCAAUUGUUGAUUCCUGUUUUCCUGGAUCUUACCAAGCACAACUAAGUUUGUGGUUCGACUUCCUGUUUCCUGUUCAAUGUUGCAGUGCAUGUAAGGAC